AUGACAUCAAAAUGCUGUAAAAAUGGAUGGACACAAUUUGGAAAUAAGUGUUACUUCUUCAGUCACCAAGUCGAACCAUGGACUGAUGCAAUGUCCGUUUGUCGUGUGUUUGAUUCAAAAUUAGCUGAGCCGAUGACCUCAGCGGAAUCUCAUUAUUUAAUAAGUCACAGUCAGCAUGUUGGAGGAAACUUUUGGAUUGGCAUAUCAGAUAUAAUUGAUGAAGAUAGAUGGGUAUACUCAACCGGACAAAUACCGAUAAAAGUUAAUGAUUUUCAACCGGGAGAACCUAAUGCACAUACUUCUGCAAAUUGUGUGGCAUUAUGGGCUGGUCACCAUGGAUACUGGGCAGAUGAGGACUGUCUUGCAAGACGGCAAUUCAUUUGUGAGACAGAUAAUGAGUAA